GAAGGUGAGGAGCGCGUGGGAAAGAGACAGCGAGAGCAAGAUGUCCGGGCGAGGAAAGGGAGGGAAGGGGUUGGGGAAGGGCGGGGCGAAGCGCCACCGCAAGGUCCUCCGCGACAACAUCCAGGGCAUCACCAAGCCGGCCAUCCGCCGCCUCGCGCGCCGCGGCGGCGUCAAGCGCAUCUCCGGGCUCAUCUACGAGGAGACCCGCGGCGUGCUCAAGAUCUUCCUCGAGAACGUUAUCCGCGACGCCGUCACCUACACCGAGCACGCCCGCCGCAAGACCGUCACCGCCAUGGACGUCGUCUACGCCCUCAAACGCCAGGGCCGCACCCUCUACGGCUUCGGCGGUUGAGCUCCCCUCCCGUGCUCGUCCCAUUGGCCUCCGUAGGGAUUUAUUUUGGUUUCUCCUUAGUGACUGGAUCAAAGUAUGUCAUCAUGUAUAAAGAGAGCAGUUCAUUGGAGUUCCAAAGACGCUCUUUAUUAGCGGCAUUACAGA